ACCCCUAACUUUGAGCCGGAUGUUGAGAUCGCAACGGAGAAUGGCUAAUGAAGAAAUUCGAAGAAUGAACGACAUGAGAGAUGCUGGAAUUUUCACAACCCAAAUCUAUAUGCAUUUUGCUGAGCAAUCUGGUGGUUUUGAGAAUGUUAGAUUUCGAAGAAAAGACAUGUACAACCAAAUAGAAAAGCAAAGGCAAUUGAUGGAAAGUGAUGUGACCGAAACGUUGAAGUACUUAAAGAAGCGGAAGAAAUUAGAUCCAAAGUUUUACUGGAGCUACGAGGUGGAUAACAAUGGUGUGUUUCGGCACCUAAUCUGGAUGGACGGGAAGAGCCGUGUUGACUUUGAAGUAUUUGGUGAUGUUAUGGCCUUUGAUGCAACUUACAAGAAAAACAAGUACAAGUUUCCAUUGGUAGUUUUCUCAGGAGUGAACCAUCACCUUCAAACACUAGUUUUUGGUAGUGCAAUUGUGGCUGAUGAAGGAGAAGGAACUUACAUAUGGCUAUUACAAAGAUUCGUGGAAGCAAUGAAUGGUAAACGACCAGAUGCUGUGAUAACUGAUGGUGCCAAGGCUAUGAAGCUUGCAAUUGAAAAGGUCUUUCCAGAUGCACACCAUAGGUUGUACGGAUGGCAUUUGUUAAGAAAUGCCACAGCCAAUGUCUCCAAUCCCAAGUUUACCCAACAAUUCAGGAAAUGCAUGCUUGGCGAUUAUGAGAUUGAUGAGUUUGAGGAGAGGUGGGCGUCAAUGGUUGAUAGUUUUGGGGUUAAGGACAUGGAGUGGGUUGAGACCACUUAUGGGAUUAAAGAUAUGUGGGCUACAGCACAUAUGAGAGGCAAGUUCUUUGCCGGGUUGAGAACUACAUCGAGGUGUGAGGCACUACAUUCGCAAGUUGCUAGGUUUGUAAAAUCUGGCUAUAGCAUUAAGGAAUUCCUCCAUCACUUCCGCCGGUGGAUGGGUUUGUUGCGGAAUAAUGAGGUUGAGGCUGACUAUUACACCUCAUACGGGUUUCCGAUAAUGCAAACACAGGUGCAUGCAUUGGAGCGAUCAGGAGAAACUGUUUAUACAAGGGAGAUGUUCUACUUGUUUCGAUCAUUAUUGUUGAAAGCGUCAAGUGUGAUAAUAGUUGAUUGGCGAGAGACUUCAUGUAGUGUGAACUAUGAUGUACGAAAAUAUUAUAAGUUAACACGAAAAUGGGUUGUAUCUUAUUGGCCUGGCAGCAGUGAGUUUAGGUGUUCAUGUAAACGAAUGGAGUCAUUUGGCAUUCCAUGUGUUCAUAUCCUUCGUCUGUUGAUAUAUCUUCAAAUUACAGAAUUACCUGAGUCACUGAUAUUGAAGCGGUGGACCAUAAAAGCAAAAGAGGCACAUAUAAGGUUGGAGCAGUGGGGAUUAUUAGUUGGAGAUGGAAGUUAUGAGAGUAGGAUUGCUGCUAUGAAUGAUGAGCUAGAGGGCUUGCCAUUUGCUGCUUACGGAGAUUUAGGUGAUUUUAAGGAUGUUAUGGAGUGGGUUAGAAACAAAAAGGCUGAAUUAUUUGCCAAACAUGAAAAGAAUAGAGAAGGAAGUUCUAAUAGUGCGGGUGAGAAAUUCAAAACACGGACGGAUGCUACUUCAAAAGAAGCUGGGGACAAAAAGAAAAAGUGAAGGAUUCGGUGCAGCAGAUGUAACGGUAUAGGACACAAUCGGCAAAAUUGUCGGCGUGGAGAUGACCAUAAUCAAAUGGAAAGUAGAGAUGGAGGAGGUCCCGAAGAUGAUGACGAUUGGUCUAGUCAAACCAGUGAGGAGGGGAUCGAUGAAAUAGAUUUUGAUGUGACCAUCGGUAAUCAGAAAGGCAAAUAUCAUUAGCUAUUACUGUCUAGCCUUGGAUGAAAGAUGAAUAUGAAUUUUAUUUUUUUAGUUUUAGUGCAGGAAGUUUAUUGGACAAUAGUAAAAGUUUUUUUUAUUUAUUCUUAAUUUACUCUUUCGAUACAUUUGUUUUAUUUAUUUGCAUUUGCGGACUUAAGAUGACUUCUACAAAAAAAAAAAUAGUAGCAUAACCA